AUGGACUCCGACAUCGCACAUGAUCUCGACAAGUUGAACAUUCGCGAUAUUCUCAACGCAGACUCUCGUCCGACGUUUAUUAUUGAUCUCGAUCCAGAUGACGAGACCCCACUGCGCUCAAAGGCCAUCCAGCCUGUGUUUUGCAACAGUGCCCUUGCGACGCAUGAACGACUCUUAGAUGCCGUGCGCGGUGAGCAGAGCGAGAGUGAGUAUGGAGACUUCAAGACGUGGGCGACGGGAGUUACGAAGCAGGAUGACUCCAAGGAUGUGUUUCCCUUGUUUUUUCUGUACAAGGGCUUGCUUUGGACGGGGUCGACGGUUGCGAAGAGAUGGAGGUUGAUUAGUGGGAAUCGACUUUGGCAGCAUCCCGACACACCGGCGAGUUUAUCAUCGAGUGCGCUUUCGAGAGCGAGUACGCCGAGUUUGAAAGAGCAGGAUACGCCAAAGGGCGACGCUUCGAAAACGCCAAAGCAAGACGAAGCGAAGGACGAGACCACUGAGGAUACGACGCAUGAGAUGACGCCGACGGAAGCAACGCUGAUAGCGUCGACACCGCGAAAAUUCCCAUUCCGAUCCUGGUGGCGAGGCAGUACCUCCAAAGGAAGUUCAGAUCGCAACACGGGCAGUACAAGCAGCGGCUCCAUCAUCCUAGGCAAGCCCGAAAAAGCCGUCGCAGACUGGACGGCCACGAACCCAAAAGGUCUUUUAUCACCGUACAUCCGCCUCCUCCGCGCCAUAGACUGGUCCUCAACGCCGCUAGGUCCCAUGUCCUCCUGGUCCCCCGAACUACGCCAAGUAGCCAAUCUCGUGAUCAACAACCCUCACCCCGCCAAUAUCUUCUGGGGUAACGACAUGACGAUGCUUUACAACGAAGCGUAUGCCGUUACAUUCGCCGGGAACAAGCAUCCGUCUAUGCUCGGUACUGGAGCGUCUGGGCCUUGGUCUGAAGCUUGGGAUGUCCUUGGGCCAGCGCUGCAAGAGGUUGUGAGGACUGGUGUGAGCUUUAGAAGCGACAAUAAUGACCUGGCGUUGUUCAGGAGGGGGUUCUUGGAGGAGACGCAUAUAUGCUGGUCACUUACGCCGUUGUAUGGCGGGACGGAGAGGAUCGUGGGCUUUUACAAUGCGCCGUUUGAGACGACGGAUUUGGUGUUGAGUCAGCGACGCAUGGGCACGAUAAACAAGGUCAGUGAAUCGUUGAGAAAAGCGACGAGUAUCAAGAGUUUCUGGAAGUCUGUUCUCGAUGGUCUUGAGGAUAAUCAUCGAGAUGUCCCGUUUGCACUUUUGUACUCUGUCGGCGAGGCUGAAGAAGCAGAUCAUCAGUCCAGCUCGUCGGGGAGUACGAUAUCGAGCAAGUCGUGUUACUUGGAGGGAACGAUUGGGAUACCGCUUGGACAUGAUGCUGCGCCGGAGCAGAUUGAUCUCAAGAGGAGUUACCGGGGAUUUGUGCCUUCGUUCCGAGAGGCGAUGCGGACGCGGGAGCCUACGCUUGUGAGGAUACGAGAUGGAACGUUGCCGGAAGAUCUACUGCAAGGAAUCCAGUGGCGGGGAUUUGGAGAGCCUGGUACAGAGGCCAUUAUCUUUCCAGUUCGCCCUACCAAUGGCGAGACUGUGCUCGCGUUUCUCGUGCUGGGUGUAAACCCUCGAAGACCGUAUGAUGAGGGGUACAUUUCCUUCGCAACACUUCUUAACAACCAACUCGCUACUUCACUCGCAUCAACCAUUCUCUUCGAAGACGAGACGCGCCGUGGCCGCGACGCAGCAGAAGCAGCAGCGCUUGAGAAAGAAGAACUCACGCAGCAACUAAACCUUCAAGCAAGCCGUCUUCGAAGAAUGACCGAACUGUCUCCAUUGGGAAUGUUCCUCACCAGUCCAGAGGGUAUUCUCCGCGAAGCAAAUGAUCGCUUCUACGAGAUGACGGGCCAUAGUCGAGAUACACCAGGUGAUGUAUCCUGGGCUGAUCUCAUGAAGAACUCGGGCAGUGUCAUGGAACAAGGAUGGCAUCGUUUAACGCAGGAUAUGCUCACCUGGUCAGGAGAAGUUAAACUACGAGAAAGUUUCGAGAACCCCGUCAACAUCCAUGGUGAACCCAUCGACUUUUGGGUCCUCGUCACAGCCCAUCCCGAAAUCACCCUCAGCGGUACCUUGCGGUCUAUAAUGGGUUCCAUAACGGAUAUCUCACACCUGAAAUGGGCACAAGGUUUACAGAACAGAAGAUUGCAAGAAGCAGAAGAAACACGCCGUCAGCAGAACGAAUUCAUCGAUAUAACAUCCCAUGAGAUGCGUAAUCCCCUGAGUGCAAUUCUCCAAUGCGCAGAUGACAUCACCUCUGCGAUGCAAGCAUGCCGCACCAACGGGAUCACAGCAUCACAGGACGUUAUUGAAUCAUGCCUCGAUGCGUCGCAAACCAUAGCGCUUUGCGUUCAGCAUCAGAGAUCAAUCGUAGACGACAUCCUCACCGUUUCAAAACUCGACUCCAACCUGCUCUUGAUAACACCAGUGGUAUGUCAGCCGCAGACCAUCGUUGAGAGGGUGGUCAAGAUGUUUGAGUCGGAAAUGUUAGCAAAAGAUAUCACCCUUGAGAUUGAUAUCAGCACUGAGUUUGAGAAGCUAGCUGUGGAUUGGGUUGCCAUGGAUCCGAGUCGUGUUCUUCAGAUCCUUAUCAAUCUCAUGACCAACGCUAUCAAAUUCACGGCGUCUUCUGCAACGCGUGUGAUUAAAGUUGCUGUGGGCGUGUCGAAGGAUCCACCCGAGAUUGACAACAUUCCUGGCUUUGCGUUUGCGCCUACGAGGGGUGAGAUUGGCAGUGUCGUUGGAUCGGAUGAAUGGGGUUCUGGAGAGGGUUUAUACGUGAGGUACAGAGUGCAGGACACAGGCUGUGGAUUGACCGAGGAUGAGAAAAAGCGGCUGUUUCAGAGAUUCAAGCAGGCUAGUCCACGAACACACUAUAAAUACGGCGGUAGUGGUCUAGGACUCUUCAUAUCGAAACGACUGGCUGAGCUACAUGGCGGUCGCAUCGGCGUUGCGUCUACAGCCGGCAAAGGCAGUGACUUUGGUUUCUACAUCCAAGCACGACGAUGUUCACCUCCCAGCGAACAAACCUCCCCCCAACCCAUCCUCUCCGAAGUACCCUCUACCAAAAAGACACCCCACCUCUUGUCCCCCAACCCCUCCGCCCGAACCCGACGAGAGAGCAUCCUCGCCGCCGUCUUCAACCCCAGCGCCCUAACAGUCCACGUCGUCGAAGACAACCUCAUCAACCAGAAAGUACUCGUCAAUCAGCUCCGCAAAGCAGGCUGUACCGUAAGCGCGACAAACGACGGGCUCGAAGCUUUGGAGUUUCUCAAAAAGACACAUUUCUUUAAAACUGGGGGAUCAGAUUUAUCUGUUGUACUCAUGGACUUGGAGAUGCCGAACAUGGAUGGGUAUCAGUGCGUUAGGGAGAUACGACGACUGGAGAGGGAGGGGCUGAUUGCGGAGCAUGUUCCUGUUAUUGCGGUGACGGCGAAUGUGAGGGAUGAGCAGAUAAGGAUGGCGCUGGAUAGUGGCAUGGAUGAUCUUGUUUCGAAGCCGUUUAGGAUUCCGGAGGUUAUGAGUAAGAUUGAGGGGCUGUUGAAGAAGUGCAAUAGGUAA